AUGUCUCUGUAUCAUGAGGCAGCAGAGAUCUUGGCGGGAUCAUCAUUUGAAGGCGGUAGUCUCAAGUCGCGUGUCUUCAAGAAGAAAACUCUUAAAUCCGCACCAAACCAAGUUUACGCCUUGGUGUUAGAGAGUUGCAAAUGGAGCCUCAUUCUGAAGGAAGUGAUUGAGAGAUCAGAACUUCUGAAACUCGAGCGCAAGCUGACCCCGACGUUGUCAUUACUUCUUGUACAUGACCUUUUGUUGGCCAAGAAGGGAAUUGCUCUUCCACAAGGCCAUGGGCUUCGUGCAUCAAUUGAGAGGCACAAAGGACGCAUAAGCUCAGAGUUCAAGCUCGCACGGCUUCGGAGAAAGAUACCGACACUCGAGGCUUUGAGAGAGCAAGUUGAAAGGCAAUGCGCCGGCGAAGAAGCGAAUUACCCUCGCUGGGUUCGUGUCAAUGCUGUGAAGAGUACACUCGAAGAGCAGUUGGAGACGACGUUCUCCAAGUACUCUAGAGCCACAUCUAUCAAGGAGGUCGUCACGAACACUGGAAGACUCAUAUACAUCGACCCACAUGUGCCAAACCUUUUGGCCAUCACUGCAGGAACAGAUCUCACAAAAACCGAGGCGUACACAACGGGCAAAAUAAUUCUACAAGAUAAAGCCUCUUGUUUUCCUGCUUAUCUUUUAGAUCCCAGAGCAGAGGAUGGCGACCUAAUCGACGCAUGCUCUGCUCCUGGCAAUAAGACAACUCACUUGGCAGCGAUCCUCAAAGAACACAGACCAGAAACCAGUACGCCAGAGCAGACAAUCUAUGCAUUCGAAAAAGAUUCUCGACGAGCACAAACUCUGGAGAAAAUGGUCAAGAUUGCAGGUUCGAAGCCUGUAACAAAAAUUGGAUUUGGACAAGACUUCCUACAAGUCGACCCUAUGGCAGAGAAGUACAAGUCAGUCGGAGCUUUGCUACUGGAUCCAAGUUGCUCAGGGAGUGGAAUUGUCGGACGAGAUUCCAUGCCGGACCUUCACCUGCCAGAAGGUACCAGUAGCACAGGAAAGGGUCCGACAUCAAAGCAAAACGGGCGCAAAAGGAAACAUGAGCAGACAGAGGCAACUGAUGACAGGAUCAUGAUAGAUGAUGACGGUAACGAGACUGCCAUCAAGUCGGAGAAGGAUUUAGAAACACGCUUAGAGGCGCUUUCUUCAUUUCAACUGACGCUUCUGUUACACGCCUUCAAAUUUCCAUCAGCAAAACGAAUUACAUACUCCACAUGUUCAAUCCACAUGCAAGAAAACGAGCGUGUUGUCAUGAGAGCUCUCGAAUCCGACAUUGCGAAGCAACGGGGUUGGCGCAUUCUGUUGCGGAAAGAUCAGGUUUCUGGGCUGAGAGAAUGGCCCGUCCGAGGACUCUCUGAAGCCUGUGGAGGCGAUGAAGAUAUAGCAGAGGCUUGUAUUCGCUCUUAUAAACAUGACGGGCAAGGUGUUAUGGGCUUUUUUGUGGCUGGUUUUGUGAGGCCCGAUAUACAGAAUAUCGAGACUAGCGGCAACGAAGGUCCUUACCUGCGAGAUGAUAACGGUGUGAUCAUCCGUGACAUGCUCGGCAUGCCAGCCCUGAAAACCACUGGUGAGCAUGUCUCUUUAACUGAAAGAGAUGAUAAGAGUGGCGAUAGAAAGGAAGAGGAUGAGGAUACGGAUGAGGAGGAGGAGGAGGAUUCAGAAAGCGAUAGUACUAGCAGUACUGCGGCACAUGAUCUCAAUGCUCGUCAGAUCGCGUUCGACGCAAGCCAAGGAACUUCCACAGACGAAGAUGAUGAGUGGGGAGGGCUUGACGAUUAA